AUGGACCCAAACGAUCUUCUUGACGGUGAUUGGGAUGUGCAUGGAGGCUUUGGCUCUCGGCACGGAACCAACAAGAAGUUAGGCUUUUCAACGGUCAAGGACUUUACCACAACACCCAAUGAAGCCUCGAAUGCCAGCAGUAGCAGUAGCGGAAAUAUAGCUACUCCUUCUGGUGUUCCUGGUAGCAACAAAACCUCUCUACUCAAAUCAGCAGCAACAACAACCUCCUCGUAUGGUGAUACCAACAACAUUUCAUCAUCACAUAUCGCAGCUGCCUAUAACCUCUCUGGAAUGAUGGACAGUGAUGACGAUGAUGAUGACGAUGACGAUGGUAUUCGUAGUGCUGCUACGAACAAGCACGAUAGCAUGGCUGGUGGUGGCACCUCUAACACCUCUGCAGGUGAAAUUCUCUCUACUGAUCUUUUACAACAACAACAAAAUUUACUUUUAAACGACCAAUCUCGAUUUCUUGUUGAACAAAUUGAAUUUCAAUUUUCAAAAACGUUUAUUCAAGUGUGCGCUUCUAAAGGAAAUCUUUUACUAGUCACUGAUCAAAACACUUGUAUUUAUGUCGAUGAUGAUUUUGAGAGAUAUAGAGAAUUUAAAAUCAAUGUUGGUGAUGACGAUGAAGAUCAUGAAAAGAUUCAUAAAUGUUUUAUUGACCCUUCUGGAUAUCAUGUAUUAGUGUCCAUGACAAAUGGAGACAAUUAUUAUUUCAAUUCUCAAAAUAAUAAGAAUCCUAAAAUUCCAGUUCCAAAAUUGAAAAAUAUGAUUAUUGAAAGUGUCGGAUGGGAUUCUGAAACUUGUAAUAGAGAUCAAACAGGCCCAAUCUUAAUUGGUACUUCUGAUAGCAAAAUAUAUGAAUGUUCUUUAGAGAAUGAUUUGAAAGAACCUGUAAAGAGUCCUUUAAAAUUAUUAUUUGAUUUCAAUGAUUGUGAUAUGCUUGUGAGCACAGGUCCAAUCACUGGUAUUGAAAUUGUAUACUUUCCAAAAAGCAAGAAUUCUUUCAAUUGCUAUUUGAUAUUGAUUGCAACUCGAUUGAGAUUAUUUGAAUUUGUUGGUGGUCCAACACUCCAAGAUGUCUUCACACCAUACAAACAAUCCUAUGAUUUGUUAAGAUAUAAGGAAUUACCUGCAAAAAGAAGUGACAUGUUACCUAAAUGUGGUGAAUUACAUUUAUUUAAACCACCACUGACAAGAGAGAUUACCAGUAGUAGUAGUGGUGGUGUUGGUGGUGUUGGUAGUAGUAAUGUUCUUGAUCAACAAUUAUCCUUUGCAUGGCUCAGUAAUGCUGGUAUCUUUCAUGGUGUUUUGAAUUUCUCAAAUCCCAAUAGCAGACAACCUCAGAGUGGAGUGAGUGUCAUUUCAGAGAGUGAAGUGAUACAAUAUGAUAAUAAGAGUGCUUCCCAAGUCAUGUCCAUUUCUAUUAGUGAAUUCCACAUGUUUGUAUUGUAUCCUGAAAAGUUACAAAUACUCAUGCAACCUGCUGGAUUGUGUAGCACUGCUGCAUCCAAUGUUGCUGUUGCUGCUGCGAAUAUGAAUCCAAUGCUCUUGAUGAUGAAUGUGGGUGGUAGUAAUAGUACAUCCAUAGGAAUGAAUAGUGGUGGUAUUGGUAAUAUUGGUCUUGGUAAUAUUGGUAUUGGUAAUAUUGGUCUUGGUAGUGGUAUUGGUAGUGGUAGUAUUGGCAAUGGUGUCAAUUCCAUUGGAAUGAAUAAUAGCACUUCCUCAACAAGUAGUGUACAACAAGAUAUUGAAAAAUUCUUUCAGAACAACGGCAACAGUAACAACAACAACAUGUUACAAGAUGCAAGUACUUUUACGAAUCAUCAUUCACAAGAUUUAAAUCUAUUGGUAGCCUCACUUGCAUCCAACCAUGUGGGUGAAAUUUCUCUCUCUGAUAUUCGUGUGGUGUAUUCUCAACCCUUUCCAGUGAGUACAAGUGGUGAAUUGAUUGGUCUCUGUACAGAUUCAUCACAACGAGAUCGAAUCAUUUACUUGUAUAGUUCAAGUGCAGUGUGGAGAAUUACCAUUGAUGAUGAAGAGAAGGAUGUUUGGAAGUUAUAUUUAGAACAAGCCUUAGAUCCCAAGUCAUCUAAAGAAUCUUAUUUUGAUAUUGCAUACAAGUUAUGCAAACAAGAUCCAAAAACAAAAGAUAUUGUAUUAUCUGCUAAAGCUGAUUAUUACUUUAAGACUGGAAAGUACAAUGAAGCUGCCAAUAUUUAUGCCAUGACUUCAAAGAGUUUUGAACAAGUUUCAAUUGCAUUUCAUAAUAGAGGUCAAAAAGAUGCUCUCAGAAUUUAUGUUCUCUCUAAAUUACAAAUACUCAAAAAGAAUAUCAAAACAGAGAAUCAAGAUGCUACUCAAUUGUGUUGUCUAUGUACAUGGUUAACAGAAAUGUAUUUGGACAAGUUGAAUGAAUUGUAUGAUUUGGUCAAUUUACAGACAUUUUCAAAUCCAAUCAGUGGUAACAUGAAUGAUGUUAUGAAUCAUUCCCAACAACAACAACUCUCCUAUGAAGAACAAUACAAGAUUGCUAAAGAUGAAUUUCGAAGUUUUUUAGAACAACAUAAAAAGUAUCUCAACAAGGAAACUACUUUUAGACUUAUUAGUAGUCAUGGACAAACAGAAGAAGUCAUCUAUUUUGCAAUGCUUAUUGAAGAUUAUGAAAGAGUUAUUAGUUAUUGUAUUACUGAAAAAGAUUAUAAGGAAGCACUUGGAAUUUUGAACAAGUAUUGUACGACAAGACAAUAUGAAGAUUAUUUUUACAAAUUUGCACCAAUACUCAUGCAACAUUUACCAAAAGAAACAGUUAAUACUUUAACUCAGAAGAGAUUUUUAGAUUCUGGAAAGUUAAUACCAGCAUUGAUGAGAUAUAUUUCUCAACAACAUCACCAUUUGAGUGCUAUGACUACUACUACAACUAGUAUAGAGACUCAGAGUGCUACUGCUGCUUCUAACAAUGCUAAUACUACUACUACUACUUUACAAAGUGUUGCUGGUACAACAACAAGUAAUAAUGGCACUCACACAUUAACGAAAAAAACAUCUUCUCAACUGACCAAACAGCACACCCAUGAAGAUCAUGACAUGGAUGAUGAGGAAUUUACAGACUCUCUUCUUGAUGAUGAACAAGAAGAAGAAGAAGAAAAUGAUCACACCUCAUCACCACCACUUCAGAAGCACUCUUCGCAUCAUCAACAAAUUCACCACCACCACCAACAACAAUUGAAUGAUCAUCAACAAUUUUCAUCAUAUCUCACCUCAGAACAACAAAAUCAUGUCAUUCGUUAUUUGGAAUGGUGUAUUCGAAAACAAGAAAAUGAAGAUCCAGCCAUUCAUAAUCUUCUUCUCACACUCUAUGCAGACUUGGAAGAUGAUGAGAAGCUACUCACCUUCCUUGACACUGAAGGUGAAAAUAAUUACUAUGAUCCAAAAUAUGCACUUCGAGUAUGUUCUCAAAAAAAGAAAAUUGAAGCAUGUGUGAGAUUGUACAGCUCGAUGCAAUUAUUUGAUGAUGCUGUAGAUUUAGCUCUCGAAAAUGAUAACAUUGAAUUGGCAAGAGAAUGUGCAGAUAAACCUGAAGACGAUGAAAAUAAGAAAAAGUUAUGGCUUAAAAUUGCUAAACAUGUCAUUAAUAGCAAUACUGGAGUGAAACAAGCGAUUGAAUUUCUCUCGUACACUGACAAGAUCAAAUUAGAAGAUAUUUUACCAUACUUUCCUGAUUUCUCUCAUAUUGAUGAUUUCAAAGAAGAAAUUUGUAAAUCAUUGGAUCAAUACAAGGAUGAAAUUGAAAAGUUGAAGAGUGAAAUGCAAGAAGCGACUCAAACUGCUUCAGAGAUUCGAGAAGAUAUUAAGGAAUUGAAACAUCGAUAUGGAUAUAUUACAGCCAAUGCAAAAUGUGACUUGUCAUCCAAGUCUGUAUUGACCACUGAUUUCUACUUGUUCCCAUGCCAACACGUGUUUCGAGCAGAUGCAUUGGUCGAGGAAGUGUUACGUCAUUCCAAAUCCAAGGAAUUACGUGAAAAGUUGAUUCAACUUGAAGAGAAACGAAAAUUGUACAAUCGACAACUCGAAAUGUUGUCGAAUACCAUGUCGAAUAAUAGUUCACAGCAGCAACAUGAUGAAAGUCCUUCGUAUGGACAACAACCAUCCAUGGUUGGCUUGGAUCAAAAAGAACUCUCUCAAUUGCAAGAUGAAUUACGUGAACUCGAUGAAAUACUCUCUGCAGAGUGUCCAUUGUGUGGUGAAAUGAUGAUUAAUUCCAUUGAUGAAAGUUUCAUAUCACAAGAAGAAAUGGAAACAUCCAUUUAUAAUUCAUGGUCUAUUGCUUAA